AUAAAUAUAAGCUAAUAUUUAGUGAGGUAAUAUGUAUUUUUAUUUUAACCCAAGAAAUUCAUACGCACUAUAUGGCCAAAAAAAUGUGGACACCUGACCACCAUAACAUUAUGACCACUGAGAGGUGAAGUGAAUACGACUGAUGAUCUCCUCAUCAUGGCACCUGUUAGUGGGUGGGGUAUAUUAGGCAGCAAGUGAACAUUUUGUCCUCAAAGUUGAUGUGUUAGAAGCAGGAAAAAUGGACAAGAGUAAGGAUUUGAGCGGGUUUGACCAGAGCCAAAUCGUGAUGGCUAGACGACUGGAUCAGAACAUCUCCAAAACUGCAGCUCUUGUGGGGUGUUCCCGGUCUGCAGUGGUCAGUAUCUAUCAAAAGUGGUCCAAGGAAGGAACAGUGGUGAACCGACGACAGGGUCAUGGGCGGCCAAGGCUCAUUGAUGCACGUGGGGAGUGAAGGCUGGCCCGUGUGAUCCGAUCUAACAGACGAGCUACUGUUGCUCAAAUUGCUGAAGAAGUUAAUGAUAGAAAAGUGUCAGAAUACACAGUGCAUGAAGGGUCAGGGCUGUUCUGGCAGCAAAAGGGGGACCAACACAAUAUUAGGCAGGUCAGUGUAUAUACCCCAGACUGAGUCACCUUUUGCUGUUAAUAUCCUCCACUCUUCUGGGAAGGCUUUCCAAUAGAUUUUGGAGUACAUCUUUGGGGAUUUUUUUGUGUUUAUUCAACCACAAGAGCAAUUGUUAGGUCAAGCACUAAUAUCAUAUAAUUGAGAUUUCCGUUAAUAUUAACAGUGGCUGUCUUUAUUAGUCAGUCCAAGGAUGUGGACCUGGCAAUGUUCUGAAUUUUUAAGAGAUAACUUUGAAUUAUAGACUAGAAAAUGGGUGAGCACAGGGAAAGAAAAUUCAGCAAAGAAAUGAUAGUAAUAUAAAAUUAGUCACCUGACAAGUUGAAUGAACUCCGCCCCUGCUCAUAAACCUCAGUUCAGAGCUGUUCAGAGUGCUGAGUCUCUUUCAGAAGGAGGUUCUCUCAGGUACCAGAAAACAUGAGCAAGCUUAAGAAUUUACACUUAGUUUUGUUAACACUGAGCUUUGUUUCUUUGAUGUUUUUUCUAUACAAACAAACAGAGAAUGGAAGAGAAAUAAAUAUCUAUUCCAGGACUAACCCGGAAACUGAAGCACGGCUGGACACAAUCGAGGACAGGAGAUGUGAGGGGAAGAUUCACACGAGCCCGGUACCACUGGAGCUGAAGCUCAGACAGCACACUAGAAAGAUGCUGAUUUAUAAACAGUGCAUCGAUAACAGUAACUCGGACAUCAGUGGCAAAUGGGCGACAUUUGACGACAUUCCCCAUAGGGAGUUGCACAACCUGCUUGUAGAUGACCGCCAUGGAAUAAUUUAUUGCUAUGUUCCAAAGGUUGCUUGCACUGCAUGGAAACGAAUUAUGAUUUUCCUGAGUGAGAGUCUGAAGAUGUACGGUGUACCUUAUAGGAACCUUCUUGACGUCCCCAUCGAGGAAGUUCACGGAUCAUCUCUACAGCAACUUAAUGCAUACCCCAAGGCAGUGAUGAAACAAAAAAUUGAGACGUACCAAAAGUUCUUAUUUGUUCGAGAUCCUUUUGUCAGACUGAUUUCAGCCUACAAAGAUAAAAUUCAAAGGCCAAAUCAGAUAUUUUAUGAAAUAGCUGGGAUGUACAUAUUGGAGAAAUUUGGACAUGUCCCUAAUCCGCCAGCAUCGGUAGAGCAAGCGCACGCUCAGGGCAUUGUUCCGUCUUUCUACAACUUCAUUCAGUAUAUCCUGAGCCUCCCAGCAGGAAAUUACACAGAGUUCGAUGAACACUGGCGACAAACAGUUCACUUGUGCCAUCCAUGUGCGAUCGAUUAUGACUUUAUUGGGAAAAUGGAAACCAUCGAUGAAGAUGCUGCUCACCUGCUGCGAAUACUCCGAGUUGAUAACAUUGUCGAAUUAAAACCGAUGACAAGAAGCAAAACAGAGCAGAGUGAGAUAAAGACCUGGUUUUCCAACAUCACCAUAGAGUGGAGGAGGAAACUCUAUGAUAUUUAUAAGGCAGACUUUAAACUGUUUGGAUAUGAGUAUCAUGACAAUCUAGAUGAUUAUAAAUCAGAAAACAUUACCUAAAUCACAUUGUUUGUUGUGUUGGGUUGUGUAAUGUAGUAUGAUGUAUGAUGUAGUAUGUAGUCGUCUUUGUUCAUUUCCUGAUGUUGUUAGCUUUGUCACCUUUAUGGAUUUGAAUGGCGGGGGUGUCAUGGUGAUAGAAAAAUCUAAUUCCUGAUUCUCUGUUUGACUUCAGUCUUGCUUGUUGUACGUUUUAACAGUUAAAGAUUUAAAUGAUUAUUAAGGAUUUAAUUAACAGUUAAAGGUUAAUUACAGGAGACAAUACCAAUGAAGAUUUUUCAGUUUUUAAUAUUGCUACAAAACACUAAGCUUCCUUUAUAAUAAUCCUUCAGUGUAAGUAGAAAAUUGUUAUUGUUGCUUGACGUUAAAUUUGGUCCAGAAAUACUGAAAGAUAUUUUCAUGCUGUAAAUAACUUUUGUACCUGAUGCUAUUGUGUCGAGUUUGAUAGUGAUUUUUUUUCACUAAGGAAUGUAUUUCUGCAUCACCACACACUACUAGUAAAUGAAAGAGUUAUUUACCACUGAUAAUGUUACUUAACCUGUAGACAAGUUCUAGUAAAGAUGUUUAAUGGAUGC